GCGGGGUCCCUGUGACCCCAUAAGUGCCGCUGUGGGGUCGCCCCCCGGCUGUGGGGUUCCCCUGGGGCUCGGAGCUGCGCCGCUGCUUUGGGCUGUGCCACCCCCAGCCAUGUCCUUCACGGACAGCACCGACAGCGGCUCCGACAGACCCGUGUCCGUCCUUUGGGGGUGCGAGCUGAGCAGCGCCCGGAGCUCCUGCACCUUCCGCGUGAGCGAGGACUGGCACUGCGAGCAGCAGCUGGUGCUGCGCACGGUGUGCCUGGGGGACGCGGCCCGCGACGAGUUCCACGUGCUGGAGGUGGUGGCCGAGGACGGCGACAGCCGCGCCCCGGUGCCGCUGGCCACGCUCAAACCCUCGGUGCUGCCCACGGCCUCGCUGGCCGGAGUGGAGCUGACCCCUCCGGUGACCUUCCGCCUGCGGGCCGGCUCCGGCCCCCUCUAUGUCAGCGGCCAGCACGUGUCCAUCAUGGACCUGACCUCGGAUGAGGAGGAGGAGGAGGAAGAGGAGGAAGAGGAAGCAGCGGAGGAGGCCCCCAAGAAGCCCCCCAAGGGCUCGGGUGCCCAGAAGGGCAGCACCGCCAAGAAAAGGAAGCGGGAAAAGGAGGAGGAGCCGAACAGCCUCGCCCCCGCGGGUCCCCCCCCCGCCAAGGGACGCGGCGCCGGCCGGGGCAGGAAAGCGGCAGCGAAGAAAUGACGGGAAUUGGGGAAUUCCCUCCAGGUGCCGGGAGCAGCAGCUGGUGCUGGUGGUGGUGUCGAUCCCAAUAAAGCGCAUUUUGCA